AUGUCGGAUGUCGUUUCCGUUCGUUUGCGGUGGCGAGUCCUAAAGGCCCUCCACCCAGUGUUCUAUGCUGCCGAUACGCUCCCGACCACUGACGAUGUAGCUCAUGGUCAUUUUGGCACCUUGGCCAACCCUGAUAAGAUUCACCUCGCGUAUGUAAUCCAGGCCCUUCGGUCCGAAUUUGAAUACAACAUAACGAGACAGCAAACUUUUGACGUUGGCAAACUAUCAAGCGAUGAUCCGAAUUGGGAGUUCCUUGCAACUCGUCUGUGCGCACUUUUGCGUGACCUGGAGCAUUUAAUCGACAAUAAAGUUUUCCUCGAAAGAGGUGUCCAGAUGGAGGGCAAUGCAGAGGCCAGCGUUCAAAGUCCCGCAGGGCCUGUCGACCUGCAAGUUGAGGUCAUGGCUGGCGCAUCCUCUGACUCCGAGCUUGUUUCUUCCUUUUCUGGACCGGCCGACUUUGUUCUUGGCAUUCAAGUCCAGAAGAUAUACCACAAAAGAGCGUUUCUUGUUGGUGCACCCGCCCUUACCGCGAAAAGAGUGGUCAGGAAGGCGGUACUAGUUGAUGAUGGACCUGAGAUCGAGGAAGAGGAAGCUGACGAGGUAAAUUAUGAGAUUGUCAAUUUGGAGGAUGGAGACAUGCAGGGCCUCACUAUUGAGAAAGACGAAGAUGAAGAUGAAGCUUGGGUGCUUCCAUCCCAGCUAGCUUAG